AAAGUGGCGGAACGUCAGCACCAGAGGUCAGCGCUUCUCGUUCUACUCCUUCUACUCGCUCUACUGGUUCUGUACUGGUUCGACAAGUCUAGCCAAGCCUACGUCUUCUCCAAUUCAACAUGGCGGAGACGGCGGAGACGUCGGCUGCGAUCAGCUUCAAAGGUGGCGUUAAAAAACGGAAAUGUUUCCGUACAAGAAACCGUUCAGAAGACGAAGAUUCUGAACAUGAAACAGAGGAAGAACUCUCUCGAGAGAUCCUCGAGGACACCAAAGAAAUCCAGAAGCUGAGGAAGCGGCCCAACGGCGUUAGCGUCAUCGGACUCAAUCUGGGCAAGAAGUUGACCACAAAGGAGGAGCUGGUCAUCGAGGACCCGUUCAAGCUGAAGACUGGGGGCAUGAUUGACAUGAAGGCGCUGAAGGGGAAAAGAAUCACCAUGGAAGAACUGGAUGCCGUGAAUCUCGGGAACACCUUUUCUGUGGAAACCAACCAACGAGACGAAGACGCAGACAUGAUGAAAUACAUUGAAGAGGAACUUGCCAAGCGUAGGGGAAAAGGACAGGAUACUGAAACAGACUCCCGGGAUGAAGGUGUGGAUCCCGAAGACGUGCUGUUCCACGUGCCCGAGCAUUUGCGCAAGUCGUCCUCGAAGAAGUCUGAAGAAAUGCUGUCCAAUCAGAUGCUGUCUGGCAUUCCAGAGGUGGACUUGGGAAUCGAGGAGCGCAUCCGCAACAUCGAGGCGACGGAGGAGGCCAAGCUGAAGCUGCUGCGGGAGCGGAUGGCCAAGAAGGAACGCGAGACCUCCUUUGUGCCCACCAACAUGGCCGUCAACUUUGUGCAACACAACCGAUUCAACAUCGAUGACGGCAGCCGGUCGCGGUAUGCAAGGAGGGUCCCUCGGGAGAAGGAGCCCCCCGUGGCCAAGCCAGUGGUGGUUAUUGCAGAGGCGGAGGCCGUGGCACACAGCAUCCCGGGGAGGCAGGGAAAAGGAGGCAAAGGUUUGUCAAGGGGAAAAGGCAACGACGACGAGAAGGCAACCGACGACUUCCACUUUGAGAAGUUCAAGAAGCAGUUUCGUCGUUACUGAGGCAGUCGUUACGCAGUCUACAUCUCCAGCAUCACUUGUACAUAGUGUCAUCUUCUCCAGGACGUUAUUCCUAGGAAGUGCCAUCGUCUUCAUAUUCAAAAUUGUUCCCCAGAAGAUUUGGAAUUGUAAGACCUACGAUUGCAGAUUAAGAAAAUAAUUUGAAACAUUUGAAAAGGUAUAUAAGAUUUUGUAUGCAAAUAAAACUAUUUGUUGUCAUCUUCAAAA